AUGGGCGGCGGCGACGGGGCCGCAUUGAAGCGGCCGGGGGACGGCGCCCGCCUCCAGCGCGUCCUCGGGCUCGGCUCCCGCCGGGCGCCCCGCUCCCUGCCCGCUGCCGCCGCCGGGGGCCCCGCGCCGCCCCCGCCGGGCCAUGCGAGCGCCGGCCGCGCCGCGAUGAGCUCGCACAUCGCCAAGAGCGAGUCCAAGACGUCGCUGCUGCGGGCGGCGGCGGCCGCGGCGGGCGGGGGCGGCCGGGCUCCCCGCCACGGCCCGACCCGGGAGCCCGGGCUGCCCGGCCGCCGGCUGCCUGGCGCUUGCCCGAGCACCCCGCCGCCGUCCGGGGACCCCAGUUCCCGGAGGCCCCUGUGCCGGCCGGCGCCGCGCGAGGAGGGCGCGCGGGGGCCCCGGCGGGGGUCGGCCGCCCCGGCGCGCUGCAGGCCCCGGGAGGCGCCCCGACCCGCGCCGCCCUCGCCAGCGCCGCCGGUCCGCGGGCGGGACGGGGAGGCUCGGGGGCCGUCCCCGGACCUCGGCCUCCGGGGCCGCGGGAACUCCGCUGCCUCCGCGGGGACCGAGGCGGACCCGGUCCUCCACCGGCUGCGCCCCAUGCUCAGCUCCGCCUUCGGCCAGGACAGAUCACUUCGGCCAGAGGAGAUCGAAGAGCUCCGAGAGGCCUUCCGAGAAUUUGACAAGGACAAAGAUGGUUAUAUCAACUGCCGGGACCUGGGGAACUGCAUGCGUACUAUGGGCUACAUGCCCACGGAGAUGGAACUCAUCGAGCUGUCUCAGCAGAUCAACAUGAACCUGGGAGGCCAUGUGGACUUCGAUGACUUUGUGGAGCUUAUGGGACCUAAACUCCUGGCAGAGACAGCAGAUAUGAUUGGAGUAAAGGAACUGCGGGAUGCCUUUCGAGAGUUUGACACCAAUGGUGAUGGGGAAAUAAGCACCAGUGAAUUGCGAGAGGCUAUGAGGAAGCUUCUGGGUCAUCAAGUGGGACACCGAGACAUAGAAGAAAUUAUCCGAGAUGUAGAUCUCAACGGGGAUGGACGAGUGGACUUUGAAGAGUUUGUCCGGAUGAUGUCCCGCUGAGGCCUUGAGGGCCCCUCCAGGACUGCCAAGCCCCCACAGGUGGGGCGAAGAGGAGCAGGAACUCGCUCGCCCCGCUGUAGCCGCCGAGAAGCCCAGGAUGUACUGGCGGAAGGGGCCUGCCUGCACCCCGGGGACGUACCCGCCCCGGACCCCCACCCCUCCGCACUGUGAAAGACUCCUGCAACUGGAAAGGGGGCGCCCGCCGCCGAGGAGGCCACCGUGCCAAGCCGGCAGAGGUCACGCCAGGCGCCAAGUGCCAUGUGCCCAGCCCGCUGCUGGCUGGGUGGGCGGGGGAGCCUGCCAGCAGACCCCACACAGCAUGUCUGCCCCAGGGGCAGAGCCUCUGGCUGCCCUCCUUAGCUCUAUGCCUGUCCCAGCUCGCCUCAGCCCUGUGAUCUCAGAACCAAUAAACA